AAGCAUUCAACCCAUGGCUUUCAAAGGAGGCUUUGUUCUUCUUGGUUUUAUAAAGGAGUGGGCUUGAGGGUUCUCCAGCAUCAAAGGGAGAGACAUCAUGGCUUCCAUGAAGAUCCUGCUGCUCUUGUUCUCAAUGGUCCUGCUGGCCUUGACUUCAGCCCAGAGGAUAGAUGAUGGUAGUGUUUCUGAAGAUGUCUUUGAAGAGCAAGGAGCCCUUGAAGAAGUUGAAGAGCUACAGUCUGAUGAAUUAAGUAAAGGAAGGCCAAAGGAACCCCAGAUCAAAUCUCAAGGAGAAUUUCAAGGUCAGCAUGGCAAGAAGGGCAAAAAUGGAAGAAAAGGCCAGAAGCAGCAGAAUGGCCCCAGCAGUCAAACUUUCCAAGGAGACCAGGAGCUUGCACAAGGAAAGUCACGUGGUAAAGGUGGCCAAAAAGGCCAAGGCCGCCAGGGUGGUCAGGGUCAGCAGGGCGGCCAACGUGGAAGAGGCAGACAGGGUGGUCAGCGUGACCAGUGACCAGGAAACCAACUGAAGAUGGCCUCCCUAGAAACCCAUGAAGAUUAAUUGGUGAUCAUGGAUUUGUCAGAAAUGAAAAGUUCUGGCCUUUUCUUUCUCCAACUUUAAAGCAGCAAUAAAAUCAUUAGCAU